GAUAAAGCUCAAACCUCGAACGUCCUUAUUCAAUUCGAUAAUCGUUACAUGAACAGAAUGUCCGCCACAAGGUACCGUCGAUUCUUGAAGUUGUGUGAAGAGUGGCCCCGGGAUGAGACCAAGAAAGGCCGCGAUUUGGGGACGUUUCUUCGGCAGAGAGUAGCCGCCGCCUUCCGCGAGGGUGAAAACACACAGAUCUCAGAUCCAGAGAAAUGUGACCAGAUGUAUGAAAGUUUGGCCCACAUUAAUGGCAACGUAUACAGACAGCGAUUUCCUCGCGUAAGAGACACAAGCUUUACUGGGGUUACGGUGGAAGAGUGUAAAGUUCUUUUGUCAGGGAGUAUGCAACACACGGACGAGGAUAAAAAGGGUCUGUGGAAGACGUUAAUGGAGAGAUUCUCCCCCAAAUCACCAGAGGAUGUUCCAGAGAAAGCUCCGGAAAAAUAACUUUUUUUGUUUCUCAUUGCAUGUAUAAAAAUAAAGCUUAUUGUUAGUA